AUGUGUAGAUAGAAUCAUACAAUAGCAGUUUAUUAUUUUGCAUUAGGAAUAAAGGAUUAUGAAUUUAUGUUAGGAAGAAGACCUUAUAAUAGAAGAUCAAGAUAAGAGAUUCGUGAUUAAAUUUUAACAAGAUAAGUAUAAAUAAAAAGAUCUGAAAUUCCUGAUGAUUGGUUAGUAGAAGCAGCAGAUUUUAUAAAUAAACUUAUUUAGAGAAAACCUGCAAAUAGAUUAGGAUUUAAAGGACCUGAGGAAGUUAAGAAUCAUCCAUGGCUUCGAAAUUAUCCUUGGCAAAAAUUAUUGAAUAAAGAAAUUGAAUCACCAUAUAUUCCAAAAGUAUAUUUUUAUUAGUAAGAAAAAAAUUGAUGCUAAUGUGGAAUAUCUGAAUUAAAUUAGUGAAGAUAAUGAUAGUUAAGAUGAAUUAAUUAAAGAGAAUAAGCUUUUACUAAAAAAGAAUUCAGUUUAACAUUUAUUUAGUGGCUAUAGUUAUGAAUAUGUCUCAAAAUACACAAAGAGUACAUUUAGUACUCUUUUUUUAGGAUGA